GUUCCGGGUCUUGCGGCCCGGCUGAGGUAGUGGUGGUGCCGCUGCCUUGGGAGGCAGCGGCCGUGUGAGGGGCGAGGCCCGAGGGGCCGGCGGUGGCGGCGGUGGCGACGGCGGGGACUUCCAGGCUGGUGUAAAAAGUGGAUAGUGGCUCACGUGUCAAAGGAUGGCACGGUCACGAUCUAGAUCCCCCAGGUGGAAACACAGGUCUUUAUCACCAGUACCUAGAAAUUUUGAAUACUACAAGCAAAGAUAUUCUCAUGGGCAUUAUGACUGUGAAUAUAGAAAAUAUCCGAAAAGACCUGUUGCUUGGAGAAUGGACAGUGAGAAACAUGAACAGAAUAAACAAAGGAUUCCCCCUCGUGGAAAUCUAUAUUACCGAUCUUAUGAACAUAGAUCACCUUCCCCUGAGAUAAGAAACUCUGUAGAAAACUUUUACUCAUAUAAUCCUCACCGAGUGUAUUCACCUGGAAGAGGGGAUGGUAACAGAAGAUCUCAGUAUAUGCCCACAUACUCAGAGAGUGUACCCUACAUAGAGCAUGAGAGGAAUUGUUAUCCCCAGAAAAUGCAAGGAAGGUAUAUUCCUGAUGACCGCAGAGUUAGAGGAAGUGGGAGAAGAGGGAAACCACCUCAAAGGUCACUAGCAGAUUCCUUUAGAUUUGAAGGAAAGUGGCAUGAAGAUGAGUUGAGGCACCAGAGGAUGCAAGAAGAAAAAUAUUCCCAGUCACCUAGAAGAGGCUCAGAAGACUUUGACACAAGGAGCUCUUUUCAGAAGAGGUAUCCUGAGGAUCGUGAUUUCAGAAAAUAUGGACACACAUCAAAAAGACCUAAAGACGUGGCAAGGUAUGAAAACAGAGAGCCUGCCAGGAACCCAAAGUGGAAGCCCGAGCAUUUUCCUCCACCUUACCAAGAAAAGAAAGAUCAGCGGAACUUUGGACCGCAAACUCACCGAUAUGCUGAGAGGGAAUAUCCAGAGACCAGUUCAGCAACCAAAGUGUCCUAUGACUAUCGCCACAAGCAUCAUAAGCUCUCAGAAGGUGACCAGGACUUUUCUGAUGGGAGAAAUCAGAAAUACUUGAAAGAAGAAGAUAGAAAACACACUUCUCAAAAAGGCCCUGUAGGUAGAGAGUCUGAUUGUUUUAAUGCUGGAAGAGGGAGAGAGACUGAAGAUGGGCAAGUCAAAGAACUUUUUAAACCAUCUAAGAAAGACUCUGUGGCCUAUACUCAUUCAAAUAAAAAUGAGGUUGAUUUGAAGCCCUGCAAUGACAAACGAAAGAAAAAAUUAAAGAAAGAAGGGGAAUGCAAGAAGGAGAGCAACUCCUCCAGUAACCAACCUGAUGCGAGUCAAAAACUUCCCGAUGUGAAACCCUCAUCUGUCAGUAUUAGGAAGAAAUCACUUACAGUUAAAGUAGAUGUGAAGAAAACAGUAGAUACUUUCAGGGCUGCUUCUAGCUAUUCCACAGAGAGACAGAUGUCACAUGAUUUGGUUGCUGUUGGCAGGAAAAGUGAGAACUUUCAUCCAGUGUUUGAACAUCUUGACUCAACUCAGAAUACUGAAAACAAACCUACAGGAGAAUUUGCUCAGGAAAUCAUAACAAUAAUCCAUCAAGUUAAAGCAAAUUAUUUUCCAUCACCUGACAUUACUCUACAUGAGCGUUUCUCAAAAAUGCGAAAUACACAUGAUGCAGAUGCAAAAGAAAUUAAAUUGAAUUCAGAUCCAGAAAUUCACAGGAGAAUAGAUAUGUCUUUGGCCGACCUUCACAGUAAACAAAAUAUGGUAUAUGAACCAGAUCAGACUCUGGUCAAAAUAAUAGAUCCAAAUGACCUACGACAUGACAUUGAAAGAAGGAGAAAAGAACGAUUACAGAAUGAAGAUGAGCACAUUUUUCACAUAGCUAGUGCUUCAGAGAGGAAUGAUCAACGUUCCAGUUUUUCAAAGGUGAAGAAUAUUCAUGCUGAUGGAUCCCCAAAACCUACACAUUUUGUAAAAUCAUAUUUUAGAAAAUUUAUUCAGAAACCUUACAUAAAUUAUACUAUGCGGAGAAAGGAUAUUAUUACUCAGAAACCAUUUGGAGUUGAGGGAAACCAUCAAAAUACAAGAGGCUUUAAAAGACCUUUUAAGUGCUGGGGAUCAAACUCAGGGCUUCAUGCACAACAGAGCAACUUUAGAGGUGGUAGACUCCAUCCCCCAUAUAAAUCAGACCUGGUACAGAAGAGCUUAUACAUUCAGGCUAAAUAUCAGCGUUUGCGGUUUGCUGGUCCAAGGGGAUUUAUCACUAAUAAAUUCAGAGACAGAUUACUGAGGAAAAAAAAGAUGUAAGUGCUGAAAACCUUGUUUAUAUGAUUAUAUAGAUGGGAAAGAAAGGACUCCUAUAAUAGCAAUGCCACUCGGUUCUUUGGACUCACUCUGAAUUAUAGGCCAAAAAAAUCACUUAGUGAUCUAUCACCAAAAGUAUUUUGAGUGUUCUAUCACUGACAGCUUGAUUUUUGUCCUUCUUCAGUUUUUGUUAAGUGAAGUUAAAAGAAUUAAAAACCAUGUGACUUAAAGUACAAAAGUAUGCUAUUUAUUAGUAGUUGUUAGUGUUCAUUCACUUUCUUGACACCAUCACCAAUAUUUCAAAGUGUCAUUUUUGAGGUUCACCAGGUAAUACAAAAUAGUAGAUUCAGGAUAAGAAGAAGGUGUAUCUUUCAUGUGUGAGGUGGAAGGCAGGGAACCAGACUUAACUAAUUAUGCAGGCAGGAUAAUUUUGGAAAAUGAACACUGGGAAUUCAAGGAUCAGGAAAUUAAUUCCUUCAAACUAUUUGUACUCACAUACUCCUUGGAACGUCUUCAUAUACUCCUAAGGGUGUGUGUGCCCCAGUUCAGUGAUCCCUGACUUGCUUAGCCAAACCUCUGUUGAUGACGUCAGUGUAGUUUACAGGUUUUCAGUAAUAUUGCUUGAGCAUAUUGACAUUUUGGUACCUUACCAUAUUGCCCCUUUUACUUACUUAUACUUCUACCAGCAGUACAUGGAAGGGUCUACUUACCAACAUCCUAGAUAGCACUACACAUUCUAUCAGCUGUCAACCUAAUAGCAGAUAGUAGUUCUUAUUUGCCUUUCUUUGAUUAUUAAUGGUGUGAGCAUCUUUUUUAUGUGUCCAUUGGCCAUUUGUAUUUCUUCCCUCAAUUUUCUUAUUGUUAUACUUUGCCAGUGUUUCCAUUAGGGGAUGGUGAUUUUUCUUAUUGGUUUAUAAGAGCUUGUGAUCUACUGAAGCUGUUUACCUAUCAUACAUUUUGCUUGUGUUUAUGUUUGUCAGUUCCUUAUGGUGGCUUUUGCAUCAUAGAACUUUUAGAUGGUCAUGAAUCUGUCAAGUUUGUCCCAUAUGGUUUCUUUUUUAUUAUUAUUAGUUCUUUUUAGAUAUACAUGGUAAUAGAGUGUAUGUUGACAUAUUAUACAGACAUGAAGUGUAACUUAUUCUAAUUAGAGUCCCGUUCUUGUGACUGUACAUGAUAUGGAGUUUCAGUGAUAUGGUGUGUUCAUAUAUGAACAUCGGAGACUUAGGUCCAAUUCAUUCCUCUGUCUUUCCUGUUCCUAUCCCCCUUUCUUCCCUUCAUUCCCCUUCAUCUAAUUCACUGAGCUUCUGUUCUUUCCCAUAUGUUUUCUAGAUUUCAUAUCAUGCUCAUAAAAAUUCUUUUGUUUCGUUUAGGUGGUUUUAUGGUUAAUUUUUAACAUAGAAAUAUUUAAUCCAUUUAGAAUUUAUUUAUAUGAUAAAAUGUGAAGUUGGAUCUGAUUUUUUCCCAAUGGAUUUAGUCAGUUUUUCUAACCCUGUUUAUUGUAGAAUUUGUCUUUUGCCCUCUGAUUGAAAAUGACACUUUUACUAUAGUCUAGAUUCUUACAUAUUCCUGGCCUCUUUUUUGGAAGCUUUGAAAGCUGUUGUGUAUCCCUGCCUCCUGCAAUUUGCCUGUUCAGUCUCUUUACUACUAGCAUAGCUAUUGUUCUGGAACACAGAUUGUAUCAUGUUCUCUUACACAAAUAUUUUCAAAGUGUUCUGUUGCCUACAAAAAAAGAGACCAAACUUGUUAGCUAGGUCUAGUCCUGGCCACAUUUCCCCAUGGCCCUCUGCUUUUUAGAGCAUAGCAUGUGUUUUUCUGUACUGGUACCUUUGUUCCUACUGUUCUCUUGGCUAGAAAUAGCCUCCUGAUCCCUAUUCUUUUUUUAAAUCAAGCUGUACUUUCCUUUUAAGGCCCACUAUAAAGCCUUACCAAAGCCUCCUCUUUAACUCUUGUCUCAUUUGAUUUCUAAUUAUUAUGGUUUACCUUUCUUCUUCCCCAAAUACAUUAUCAACUUCUUGAGAGCAGAAGGGGUCUCAUUAGUCUUUCCUCUUCUGUUGCCUUUCAUCUGAUCAGUCUUUAGAAAAUGCUUUUUGAAUGGAGUUGAAUCUUAUCAUAUAUACACACACUCACACACACCUAGGCAUAUGCUCUAAAAAGUUAAGUGAACAAAAACCAUUGUGUCAGGGACCGCUGAUUUGAUGGUUCACCAGGGCUCAGCAUCUCAUUGCACUCAUGGCCAUGAUGUGUUACAGAGGAAGGACACACAACAAAAUCAGCCAAAGGAAAAGGCUCUUGAAGCAAAAUCUGGAGGAAAUCAGGUGCAAAUUUAGGGUCCUCUCCAAGUGGAGUCACACAGGUCUUGCUUCAUUUCCCCAGCAACAAGUUGUGAUGACACAUGUGAAAUGUUGCCAGCCUGGGAAAGCUCGCUAGACUCAGUACCCAGGGCUUUCGCUGAGUACUGAUCAUUUAGGCACCCCCUUCAGGCACACAUACAAAUUCUAACCUCCCAGAAGGAAAGGACAUAUUCAGAAGAAACCAUAUUCUUUACACAAAUAAUUUUAGCAUGUACCAGUUAAUGGUUGGAACCCUCCUGAAAUUUAAGUUCCUAGAUGCUGGUCAAGGGCCAACUUUGUAAGCAGGCCUUUCCAAGGGCUCUUUUUCUAUAUACCUAUAUUUUUGAGAGCUUAAUUUUAUAGGUGUUAAAUGCCUAACAGGAGGAAAAGAUCAGUAUGAUAGGAAUAGUCAGGGAAUGUAAGUACUGUUAUUGAUAACUGUUUUCAUGGAGGAGGUAGGUUGUAAGCUAAGGCAUGGAGAAGAGCUGGACAUAGAAAAGGCUAAUGCCAUUUUUGGCAGUAAAUUAUAGGGUUAAAGUGAAAUGGGAGUGUAUGAAGUAGAGAGAGCCUCCAAAGCUGGGUAUAUUCAGGAUUUGAUGUGUUAACAGGAGGACAUCUUCCUAGACUGAGAAGGAGAAAGAUGGUCACUUGGUUAGCAACUGGUAGCAGGUUUCUGUGAAAGAAAGAUGAGGUGCAGGAAGACCAGUAAAGCAACAUUUGUAGUGACCCAGGUGUCAAUUUAUAAAGACCUAGAUGAGAGGAAGCUCAUAUAUCUAGUUCAGCAUUCUGCUUUCAAAUCAGUGGAAGGGUAGGGGAUUAACCUGAGAGACGGUAUGGAGGAAGCUAUGUCCAGGGUAAACACAAUUCAAAAUAGUUGAAACAUUUUUAUGAAAAAGAUAUUUUAGUUGAAUUUUCUUUAGAAUUAUUGUAGGUAGAAUUUCCUCUUAAAGUUGUUAGUAGGUAAUAUUUUAUUUAUUUUAUUUGAAGGUAAAGUUAUGAUUUUUAUAUUGUAUAAGUAAAAAUAUGAUCCAGUCUACCUCUAUUUAAAGGAAUGAUGUUGAACAAAAUAUAAUUGCAUGUAUUUUGAACAUUUCAUUAACCAAAAUAGAAGAAUAAGAAUUUUCUAUCAGCACUGUUUUUGUUUGGAAUUAAACAUUUCCAUACUAAUAUAAAUGCCAAAAAUAAAUCAACUUUUAAAUU